UCGAAGUCCAAAAAAGGGCACCGUGCAUGGCUUCCUGGUUUUCCGUGGGCUGGGCGUUGCCAGUGGACUUGCGCUGGGCUACAGGAGGUUGAGCAGAGCAGCUCCAGCGUGUCUGCUGCCUUGCCAACCACCGCGGUAAUGAUAUCACCCUGUCGCAUCGUCGUUCAGAUCUGAAAGCGUUGGCGGAACUGCGGCGAUCUCACUUUGGAAAUGACGGUAAGUUUCCGGUGGCGCCUGGUGAAGUUCCUCACCGCCUCCACGGCGCUUUUCCUUCUGGUCCAGCUCCUGCUGAGUGGGUUCGCCGCCCUCACGCUCGACGAACCGCGGCGGCAGAGUCCUCUCCCUACCGGGACGUCCCGGCUCCUCUCCCCGUCCACUUACAGCUAUGUGCUCAACCAGCCUGACCUCUGCAGAGACCAGCGCCCCCUGUUGCUGGCCCUGGUUCCUGUUGCCCCGGGAGACCGGACGUCCAGGGACGUCGUGAGGAGGACUUGGGGCGCGAAGCAGCAGGAGGGCUCGGCUCGGGACCCCCUGCUGCUGACCGUCUUCUACGUGGGUGUCUCUUCGGAACCGGGCGUCCAGGGCGCACUGGUGGCGGAGAGCGGGGACCACGGCGACAUCAUACAGAUGGACUUCGUGGACAGCUACCAGAACCUGACCAUCAAGACGCUGAUGAUCAUGAACUGGGUGGCCACCUUCUGCCCCAACGCGUCCCACGCCAUGAAGGUGGACGCGGAUAUCUUCGUCAACGUGUACCUCCUGGUGGAGGUGCUGCGGGGGUACCCCACGAAGGGCUUCAUCACCGGCUCGGUCAUCCGGGACGGGAGGCCCCGCCGGGACCCCAAGAGCAGGUGGUACGUCUCGGAGGAGGCGUACCCCGAUUCCUACUUCCCCCCCUACGUGUCCGGGGCCGGGUACGUGUUCUCUACCGACGUGGCCCGGAAGGUCUCCCUCGCGUCCCGGUCCGUCCCCAUGGUCCCGCUGGAGGAUGUGUACGUGGGGCUGUGUCUGCGCGCGGCCGGGGUCAGCCCCGUGUACGCGCAGAGCUUCCUCGCGCUCAGGAACUUGUUCGAGGUGAGACACCUGGCGUACGACCGGUGCGCGUUCGCCGCGCGCGUCAUCGUCAACGGGUUCAAACCCGCGGAGCUUCUGAGCAUCUGGGAGGACUUCUCCGUGAACCGGCUCACCUGCUGACCAGUUCUCCGUCUGUCUGAAUGUUUAUCUCUCCGUCUGUCUGUCUGUCCGUCCGUCUGUCUGUCUAUCUCUCCGAUCAUCUGUCUGUAUUUCUGUCUGACUCUAUGAACUGUAGGCCUACAUGCACUAAAUACCCAGGCCUAUUGCGUGCCUCGCAAAAACUUUUUACUCAAGGCAUUCAUUCAACAAGCUCUCAUAAACAAUACCAAACUCUCUCUAAAGCGUCUCACGUUUUUGAGGGUAAAAUUGGAGAUCGAAAUAAGAAUGUUUGAUACGCGUGUGGUGACACAGAACGCUCACCAGAAGGCGCUCUCUGAUCUGAGAGCAGACAGAGAGCGUUUGGCCGCACUGUGCGAUCGAUGAAUGGACUUCGCUGAGAUGAAUUACCUCUGACGUCACUAGAAUAAUGGACUCCGUUGAGAUGUCUUACCUCGGACGUCCCUCAAUUAAUGGACUUGGUUGAGAUGUAUUACCUAAGAUGUCACUAAACGCACCAAAGAACAGAACCGUACUAACCUCUUUAACCUGCUGUCACACUGCACUCUGUCCAGCUGAACCUCUUUAACCUGUCUCACUGCACUCGGUCAAGCUCUACCCCUUUAACCUGUCUCACUGCACUGUGUCCAGCUGAACCUCUUUAACCUGCUGUCUCACUGCACUGUGUCCAGCUGAACCUCUUUAACCUGCUGUCUCACUGCACUGUGUCCAGCUGAACCUCUUUAACCUGUCUCUCUGAACUGUGUCCAGCUGAACCUCUUUGGCCUGUCUCACUGCACUCUGUCUAGCUGAACCUCUUUAACCUGUCUCACUGCACUGUGUCCAGCUGAACCUCUUAAACCUGCUGUCACACUGCACUCUGUCCAGCUGAACCUCUUUAACCUGUCUCAAUGCACUCUGUCAAGCUCAACCCCUUUAACCUGUCUCACUGCACUGUGUCCAGCUGAACCUCUUUAACCUGUCUCACUGCACUGUGUCCAGCUGAACCUCUUUAACCUGCUGUCUCACUGCACUCUGUUCAGCUGAACCUCUUUAACCUGCUGUCUCACUGCACUCUGUCCAGCUGAACCUCUUUAACCUGUCUCACUGCACUGUGUCCAGUUGAACAUCUUUAACCUGCUGUCUCACUGCACUCUGUUCAGCUGAACCUCUUUGACCUGUCUCACUGCACUCUGUCCAGCUGAACCUCUUUGACCUGUCUCACUGCAAUCUGUUCAGCUGAACCUCUUUAACCUGUCUCACUGCACUCUGUCCAGCUGAACCUCUUUGACCUGUCUCACUGCACUCUGUCCAGCUGAACCUCUUUAACCUGUCUCACUGCACUCUGCCCAGCUGUGCUGCUUUUAGGAGCUAGGUUGUGCAGCACUUUUGAAGCAAUCCAAAAGUAUUUGUAUCGCUUACUGUGAGGAAAAUGCCUAUCGCGAUGCCUUAACGUGGAUCAAAUAUAAAGCUUUAUAAACAGUUUUCAGACAUAAAUCGUCUACUUGCUCACUGGUAUGACCUCUGAUCAUAGUUGAAAGUUAUGUGUGUUUUUGUUUAUGUGCACACAUUAAAGACUACCAUGGAAGGAAAGGUGCACCCAGGGAGAUGUGUUCCCAUUUCGUUCAAGCUAGCCUGUUCUGUGUUUGAGUUGAUUGGAUGAUGAGUUAAUUGCUGUGUGUAAUGAGUGGGUGGAGUGGAGUCCCUACUGAAGGGCUUGCCAGGUGGCAGGUAGCUUUAAAAGGAGAGGUCCCCACCUUGGUGACCUCACCUGCCACUCAGCCACUCGUGUGGUUCAUGUGAGUUUUUGUCUGCACACGUUUUGUUCAAUUAAAUGUCAAAUGAA